UUUUCAGUUGUAUUAAUACUGAAUCACUGUUUUUCUAUGAUGGAAUUUAAUUAGCCUACUUGACACACAACAAUUUGAACUGCUAGCUAAAAUCAUACAUGGAGGAUUAAGUUUUAUUUUGAAGUUCUGACCGGAAGCGGAUUAGUUUACUCCCGAGAAACAGAAGUCGCAGGUUGCAGCUCGGCUCACCUCUGAGUGACUCUCCGGUGUUGUCGGUGAACCGUCGCCACAUUUCCUCGCCAGGAGCCGGCGUGGUGAAGCAAGAUACCGGUUAAAGAAAAGGGGGGUGAAGUCAUGUUCAGACUCCUCAGUCACCAUGGUAACAGGACGCGGAGCUGCCUCGCAGGCCAGCGGCGCUAUGAGCACCACAGGGCCGUCAUGGCCAUCCGCCGCGAGGACAUCAACCCCUGGGAGAGGAGGGCGCCGCUCGCCCCGCGCCACGUCAAGGAGCUCACCAACGCCGGCGUCAAAGUCCUGGUGCAGCCGUCCAACCGCAGAGCGAUCCACGAGAAGUACUACAUGAAGGCCGGGGCCGUCAUCCAGGAGGACAUUUCGGAGGCGUCGCUGAUAAUCGGAGUGAAGAGGCUGCCGGAGGAGAAGGUCAUUCCCAGGAAGACGUACGCUUUCUUCUCCCACACUAUCAAGGCUCAGGAGGCCAACAUGGGGCUGCUGGAGGACCUGCUGAAGAAGGAAGUUCGUCUGAUCGACUACGAGAAGAUGGUCGACGCUAACGGCUACCGCAUCGUAGCGUUCGGUCAGUGGGCCGGCGUCGCAGGAAUGAUCAACAUCCUGCACGGACUGGGGCUGCGCUUCCUGGCUCUCGGCCACCACACUCCCUUCAUGCACAUCGGCAUGGCUCACAACUACAGGAACGUCAGCCAGGCCAUCCAGGCAGUGAGGGAUUGUGGGUACGAGAUUUCCAUGGGCCUCAUGCCCAAAUCCAUCGGCCCCGUCACGUUCUGUUUCACCGGAACCGGCAACGUCUCCAAGGGAGCCCAGGACAUCAUCAACGAGCUUCCUGUUGAAUACGUUGAACCUCACGAGCUGAAGGAAGUCUCUGAGACUGGAGACAUGACCAAAGUUUACGCCACCGUUCUGAGCCGACACCAUCACCUGAUGAGGAAGAGCGACGGCAUCUACGACCCCAUGGAGUACGAGAUCCACCCGGAGCUGUACACCUCCCACUUCAGGACCAGCGUGGCGCCGUACACAACCUGCCUGAUCAACGGCAUCUACUGGGAUCCCCACACCCCUCGACUCCUCCGGCGAAUGGACGCCCAGAGGCUGAUGAGACCUCCCAAAACCCUGUCUGUAGCCAUCGGGGGGUCGCCGCAGCUGCCGCACAAGCUGCUCGCCAUCUGCGACAUAUCAGCUGACACCGGCGGCUCUAUAGAGUUCAUGAACGAGUGCACCACCAUCGAUAAGCCUUUCUGUAUGUACGACGCCGACCAGCACAUUGACCACGACAUCGUGGAGGGAAUCGGGAUCCUCAUGUGCUCCAUCGACAAUCUUCCCGCUCAGCUUCCCAUCGAAGCCACGGAGUACUUCGGAGACCGACUCUUCCCCUACAUCUGGGAGAUGCUGCCGUCAGACGCCACCAGACCCCUGGAGGAAGAGGACUUCAGCCCGCAAGUCAGAGACGCUGUCAUCACUUCAAACGGAGUUCUCACCCCAAAGUUUGAAUACAUCGAAAAACUUCGAGAAAGAAGGGAGAAGGCUGAGAUCAUGAAGAAGAGCGGGAUGAAGCGAGUCCUGCUGCUGGGCUCGGGAUACGUCUCCGGACCCGUUGUGGAGUAUCUGACCCGCGAUGAGAGGACCCAGGUCACUGUGGCGUCGGUGCUGCUGAGGCAGGCGGAGGAGCUGGCGGCCAAAUAUCCCAACACCAUCCCCGUCACGCUGGACGCCAGCAGCCAGGAAGGACACCUCGACUCCCUGAUCAAAGACCAUGACUUGGUCAUCAGCAUGCUGCCGUACUCCUUCCACCCGCUCAUCGCCAAACACUGCAUCAAGAGGAAGGUGAACAUGGUGACAGCCAGCUACCUGAGUCCGGCCAUGAAGGAGCUGCAGAGCAGUGCGGAGGAGGCGGGCAUCACCAUAGUGAAUGAGAUGGGCCUGGACCCGGGUAUCGACCACAUGCUGGCGAUGGAGUGUAUCGACCAGGCUAAAGCCGACGGCUGCACUGUGGAGUCCUACAGCUCGUUCUGCGGAGGUCUUCCUUCUCCUGAAUGUUCAGACAAUCCUCUUCGCUACAAGUUCAGCUGGAGUCCGUACGGCGUCCUCCUCAACACCAUCAGCCCCGCCAUCUUCCUCAAAGACGACCAGGUGGUGAGCAUCCCGGCCGGCGGCUCUCUGAUGGACUCCUCCACGCCGAUGGACUUCCUGCCCGGUUUCAGCCUGGAGGGAUUUCCCAACCGCGACAGCACCAAGUACGCCGAGCCGUACGGCAUCCAGAGCGCGCACACACUGAUCAGAGGAACACUGCGCUUCAAGGGCUUCUCCAAGGCCAUGAGUGGGUUUGUCAAACUGGGUCUGAUUGACAGCGAGCCUUGCCCCGUCCUGCAGCCCACUUCAUCUCCCGUCUCCUGGAAAGAUCUCCUCUGUAAGCAGAUGGGAUUGUCCUCGUCUAUGUCCCAUGAUGCCUUUGAAGAAGCCGUAUACGAGCGCAUCGGAAAGGACGACUUCAGGAUGGACACGCUGAGAUGGUUUGGGAUGCUGAGUGACGAGGCGGUGCCUCACGCCGACAGCGUUCUUGCUGCUCUGGCAAAACAUUUGGAAGCCAAACUGUCAUUUGAUAAGGGCGAGCGAGACAUGAUCAUCAUGAGGAACGACGUGGGGCUUCGCCACCCGACGGGCGAGCUGGAGACCAAACACAUCAGCCUGGUGGUGUACGGCGACCCCAGCGGUUUCUCUGCCAUGGCCAAGACUGUAGGAUACCCAGCAGCCAUUGCUGCUCGCAUGGUCCUUGAUGGUGAAAUCAAUACGAAGGGUCUGGUGGUUCCGAUGACAAAGGAGAUCUAUGGGCCGGCGCUGGUCCGACUGAAGGAGGAAGGACUGCACUUCAUGUCCAAAAGCACCCUGGAGGAGUAGAGCCGAUAACUGCCUGUAAAUCCUAUCCAACACCUCCAGAGAUACUGUACAGACGCUAUUCACACGCUAUUAGCUGCCUUUUCACCAACUUGCUGCUGAUAAGCAAAGUUAUUUUUAGUGUUUAAAUGAAAUUUUUUACUAUUUGAUGAUGCUUUAAAACCAUGUUUGUUAGUUAUAGGUCAAAAAGCUGAAAAGGCAGCUGGUGAUGAUAAUCAGAUAUAAGUUCAGAGAUCAGUUUAAUAUGAGCAUCCUUAGUUUGGCUGAAUUUGCAUCUGUGCCAAGCUGAAAUCACUUUUUCACCGGCGUUGACUGUUGCAGAGAAAAUUUCUUCUGUGAAGAUGUGUAAAAGGUUGACAGAUCAAACACUAUUUUAGGCAUUAGAAAUUUAAAGCAUUAAAAAGCACAAACGUCUUUCAUUAUACCAGCGAAACUACUGUAGAAACAAGGUCUGACUGAGAUUGAGACUACAUUUCCCAGAGACUAUCACCUAUUAAAAACAAGAUAAAAAGUGAAGCUUUCCCACAGGGGGAACGUUCAGUCUGCGUCAGUCUAUUAGAAAUCAACAAAGCUGUUAAACCUUUCCAUGUUUUAACUGUCCUUAUUCUCCGUUAGCUCAAACAGCAUCUGUAUUACUUAAAAAUCCAGCAAAAGUAGCUCAAUACUGCAUUCACUUUCAAACCGUGAUAAAAGUCUGCAAGGAAGACAUCGCCUUAGUUACAGACACAGUGUUUCUACAAAAACAUGUUAACAGUUCUCACCCACUGUAUAAUAUCACAUUAUGAACCGUUCAGUGUGAAGUCUAACGAAGCCGAGAGCAACUGCUAGUGAUUAUUUUCAGCUGGUUUGUUCAGGAUCGUGAGUAUUAUUUUAUUUUUUGCUGGUAAAUAAUUUGUGUUGCUUAAACAAUAUGUAUGGAAUUACCUCCCAAAUUACUUAAAAAAUAUAUGAUAAUACUACAAAUUAGUAUGAAAUCAGUAUCUAUUGGCCACCACUUAAUUAUCUCGUUAUUUUGAGAUUUUUUACACAACAUAACAAAGAUCAGUAAAUUUGCGACUCUAACCUCUAUAUUCUAUCUAAAACAACACUGCAGGUUUUAAAGACACAAGGUUUGUCUCCUUUUUCUACAGAAAAAAAAGCUUUUAAGUAAUAUUUAGAAAAAAAAAAAUAUAUAUACAAUUAAUUCCAUUAAAACUGUAGACAUAAAGUAAAAGUUAAAGCUAACGUUAGUGCUAGCUAGCUGCUAGCUAGUAACUACUGGAGCUAGCUAGCAACUACUGGAGCUAGCUAGCAACUACUGGAGCUAGCUAGCAACUACUGGAGCUAGCUAGUAACUGACGGACAGUUGGUCGAAAGUAGAGUAGUCAAAAUCUGUUAAACUUUUUAUAUACAUUUUUCUGUUUAUGUUUGUAACCUUAAAUACUCUGACUCACGACCUCCAGGAUUCAGAAUUAACAUAGUUUUGUCAUGUCAUUUUAUGAAGCUAAUGUUAGCUUCUCCUGUGAGCCUGUUAAGCUAACGAUGGUUUCACUGAAGCUAAUGUUACCUCACCAACAAAAGUGGAGAGCAGCUAACAGUGUCAUUGAGGCCAUUACAACAUGGUAAUACUUUACUAUUAGUCCCCCAAUUCAACAUUUAAAAGCAGUAUUUAAACAUUUAAUACAUUUUAGUUUUAUUAACCACAGGUUUUAGGUGCUUUGCCGGGUGUGACAUACCUGCAGUUUGUCAGCAUUACCAGCAGAUGUAUGUAGCUGUUAACAUUAUACAUACCGUCACUUUCGUCCAUGGUUACAUUUCAAUAUAUUAAGGUCAAGUUUACCGCUGAUGUUAUAUCUCAUUAGCUAAAUUGGUCACUAUUCCCCUAGAAGUUUACUUAUAAGUCAGUAAAAAAAAAAAAACAGGGAUCUCAACAAGUAUCAUUAUUUUAUCUGAUUAUUUUCACAUACAUAAUACAAAUGUAUUUUGUUUUAUACCACAUAGACCACAAGUGUGGGGGUAAAUUUACAUAAAAUAGCUAUUUAAAUUUCAAUCACAAUAUUGUUUAGAAAAAUCCAAAUUGAAAACAUUGAAUUUAAAAUUAUCUUAUUGGAUAUUAUCGCAAAAAUAAAUACGAGCACUACAAAUGUUUGGAAUAUUAUUUAUUAACUCAUGAUCGAUUCGGUAACUGAAACAUGAUCAGUAACAGCAGCACUCGGCUAAUGUUGAGCGCAGAAGUACAAGUCUUGAUUUGUUUUGAAUUUGUUUUGAAGAGUGAAUUCUGUAUUUGCGUUAAGUUUCCCAGACUGAUGAGUAUUUAUUGUUUGCCACCUGAGCAAUAUUUAUUUUAUUUUUGGGGGUUUUGUGUGGUCACCUUUAUAAACGGUUUGUUACAUGCUUUAAAUGGAGAAAGAAAACCUAAUGUUGUACCUGAGAUAUAUUUUUUUAAAUAAUAUAUCAUGUUUUCCUGAUAUUUGGUUUAUAUGUUAGCCUCCAGAGGGUUUUAACUGCAGUGUGUUGUUUGAGAUUUAGGUAGAUGUGCAGGUUUGGAUCUGAAUCACACACUUGACUUGAAAAAAGAGAGAAUUUAAAUCAAAGUCCAUCAACACUAACACAUUAAUGUUUGUCAAGUUGAAUAUUAAUAUCAUAAAAUAUUAAUGAGUAUUGAUUUGAUUUUACUCACUGACUGAAUCUCCAACAUGAACACGGUUUUUAUUUUUAUGUUUUUAAUUUUUUGUUUGGUCUGUAAUGUCUGAUUUGACAUUUAAGAAAAUUCAUGAUUACAGAACUCAUGUUCGUUUGUUGUCGCUUGUUUUGAUCGCACAUUUUUACUUUAUGAAAAUGUAAAAAUGGUUCAAUAAAAAAUCUUUUUGUGAAGA